GAAUCAGUUGGGCAGCUCCUCAGUAAGUUAAACACAGAAUGACCGUAUGACCCCGCAGUCCCAGUCCUAGGUGUACGCCCGAAGGAAUUGGGAACCGGUGCUCAAACAGAACCCUGCACGGGAGCACCCACCGCGGCGCACUCCCCAUCGGCCCCAAGGUGGAAAUCACCGAAACGCCUGCCCACUGAUGAACGGGCUACGCAACACGAGGUCUGUCCAUGCAGUGGACUACCGUUCAGCCAUCAAAGGACAUGAAGUCCCGAUUCAUGCUACCACGUGGAGGGACCCUAAUGAAAACGUGGGUGCUAAGCGAAAGCAGCCAGACACAAAAAGCCACCUAUUCGUCUUAUGAUCCCAUCUCUAGGCCCAGGCUCUCCGCAGAGGCCAAUGCGGAAGCAGUGACCUCACCGGAUAUACGUGUCACAAAGUGUGCACCCCAGUGAAGGGGGUUGGUCCGUGGUCGCUUGGAUACGACGUAGGCGCCCCGAGUACCCGCUGCUUUAAGAAGCUGGGACCCGCUGGCGCACCGCACCACACCCGCUCCGCACCCACACCGCACCCGCACCGCACCGCGAGCUAGGCCCGUCGGAGAAAGCGCAGCCAAGGUCCAGCAUGCCGGGGGACAGAAGCCGUCGAGGGUCGUCCAGUGGCCAGAGGCGGACCCGCUCCCGCACUGCCCGAGCCGAGCUGUCGUUCUCUGUGAGCCACGUGGAGCGCCUCCUGCGGGAGGGCCACUACGCCCAGCGCCUGGGCUCGUCCGCGCCGGUCUUCCUAGCAGCAGUCAUCCAGUACCUGACGGCCAAAGUCCUGGAGCUGGCGGGCAACGAGGCCCAGAACAGCGGCGGGAGGCGCAUCACCCCGCAGCUCGUGGACAUGGCAGUCCACAACCACGCGCUGCUCAGCGGCUUCUUCGGGACCACGACCAUCUCCCAGGUGGCCCCGGCCUGGAACUAGCUGCCCGACGACGCGACCUGGGUGGCCGGGCCUCGGCCGGCCGGCCAUCAGGCACCAGCCAGGCCUGCUCGCAGCUGGGGCGGCCCCGGCCUGGCUGGUGCCUUGGGCAGAGUCCUAGACGGUCAAGAAAAAUGGGUCAAGAAACCCACGUGUCAAAGCAAUAAAAAAAGAAAGAAGCCCCGUGUGUGUGUGCUUCAGUCGCUUUGCGUGGGACGUGGUUGUGGGGCGCCCCUCUCGUUGGAGCGGCGGAGGGGCGGGGGUGGUGGCGGCGUCCGCCUGCGGUGCGGGGAGCGGUCGGAGUCCGGGAGGACCGAGAAGAGCAGUUUCUCUCGGGGACGCUGCAGCGGGUGGCCCUGGGUGGGAGGGGCUGGCUGGGCUGGGGGUGAGGCUGGGGCACAGAAGACCCCCGCGUUGGCUCUGAGCAAGUGAGAGCCCGGGACGGGCCCGGGAGGGAUGGUGUUCCUUGGGCCGGAGCUCAAGACCGUGACUGUGGCGUCGUGAUGGGGGCGAACGGACAACGGCAACCCGGGUGCGGGACGGAGGGGUGGACAGACCCGUUGGUACACCGAGUCUAGUGGGGCGGGGGCU